GGCCAACUUUUGGCAGAGGUUGGUGGGUUGUGAAACAGUGGAGUUCAAUUAGUUGUCUAAAUCGCUAUAGUCAAGGCACUAAAACAGAAGAAUGUCCACGGCACUUAAGUCUUGGUUUGUGCUCCUCGGCUUCAUCUUAGCGUACAUCACUUAUUUGUUAUUGGGAGCAAUUAUUUUCUCUGCCAUCGAGCGGCCCGUCGAAGAGGACUUGAAAGCAGACCUGAACUCCCUCAAAUCUGAGUUUCUCAACCUGAGUUGCAUCAACGCCACGGCUCUGGAAGUUUUCUUGGAAAGAGUUUUAAAAGCUAAUAAAUACGGCGUGUCGAUCCUUGAAAAUGCAUCAGUCCGUACAAACUGGGAUUUGGCGUCGUCUUUGUUCUUUGCCAACACGAUGGUCACAACAGUGGGAUAUGGCCACACUACACCACUCUCUGAUACUGGUAAAGCUUUCUCCAUUGUGUACGCUCUGAUCGGAGUACCUUUCACCAUGCUAGUGCUCACAGCCUGUGUCCAGCGCCUCAUGCACCCACUAACCUACAGGCCUAUCUCCAUGUGCCAGCAGCGGGCAGGCCUGCACCUACGCACUGCCAGUGUUGUACACUUUAUUGUGCUGUUGGUCCAAGUGGUGCUCGUCUUCUUUGUGGUACCUGCAGUGGUGUUCAGCACCAUAGAAGAAUCCUGGUCUUUCUUAGAUGCCUUCUAUUUCUGUUUCAUCUCCCUUUGCACCAUAGGACUGGGAGACUUUGUGCCAGGGGAGAAGCCAGGACAAAGGCUCAGGGCUCUGUACAAGAUAUCAGUCAUGGUGUACCUGUUUGUGGGCUUGAUGGUCAUGUUCUUGCUACUUCGUACAUUCCACAAGCUUGCUGACGUGCAUGGGUGGACUGCUUUUUUUCAGCUGCCAAGCUGCGAGGAGGAAGAUGAGGACAAAGAGCCAAUAAUAGAACAGGAGCCUGAUGAAGAAUCAUCUGAGCCAGAGAAGGCCUCAGUUAAGCCUCUGGAUCCAAAUUCUCAAGUGUCCUACAACUCCAUUAACAGAUCAAAUAAGUUUUCCCCAUAAUCCUGUAUUAUUAUAGCAUUCACAUCACGGUCAACACAUUCCAAAAUGUUACAUACAUUCACAGUGUCCUGCACUUGUAAAUUGUGUUUCAGCAUAUAAUGGAAAGUGUUGCAUUUCAGCAGCUUGUCACUGCAGCAUCUAAGUCAAGACAAUCAAAGGGAUAGUAUGCCCAGAAAUGACAAUUCAGUCAUCAUUUACUCAUCAUUAUGUUGUUCCAAACCAAUAUGACUUUAUGCGAAACACGAGAAGAAUAUUUUCCACUCUGAUUUGUUCCAUACAAAGAACGUGAAUCGAUGUCAGUCUAUAUCGUUCUGCCUAACAUCUCCUUUUGUGUUCCACAGUAGAAAGUUAAGUCAUACUGGUUUGGAAUGACAUGAGGGUGAGUAAAUGAUGACAGACUUUUGAUUUUCAGAUGACCUAUUCCUUUAAGUGUGAGCAUGUGCAAUACAGCACAUCUCGCUGUUAGGGCAGAACAGGUUUUCAUGUUUCUGUCUGGGCAGACAUUGGGCUAGAUCAGUCAUAAUUUUCGUCUUGAACCAAAUAACUUUUUCAUUGUUGUUGUUUUUGUUUAGAUCGCAUCUGUUUUGGGUUGCCAAAUCUGGUCUCCAAGACUUUAGGGAGAUUCCUUUAUUUAUCUUAAUUGAUGUGUCAUUCAUUUAAGAAAUUGAAGCUCACCUUAUUUGGAGCUUUUUUUGUGUGGGGUUUGUGACUGAUGGCUACCCUCAGUCUUGGCAUGGACAAAGACAGUUCUGUACACAAGAAAACAUGAGGAUGCUGCUUCUUACCUCCCGUCCAAUACUGUAUUAUUAUUCAUUAAUGAGUGUAAAUUGUAUCAUGUACUGAGUAUCAUUGUGUCCACAGUUAGUUAAUGGUGAUGCUUGAUGUCCUGAGAAAUGUGGAGAACCUAAAAUGCACUUUAAAAUUGGCUUUUUAUAUGAGUUUAUUUAAUCAUUGCACAGCCAAGGAUUGUUAUGUUGGACAUAAUCUUUUUGUUAAAUAGUCUUCAUGUCAUUGCAAUUUUAUAUUCAAUGGUGGAAGUUCGGGAACAAAAAGGUGACUGAUAUUCGGUGAGAAGAACAAAAGGGGUAUUAAGAUAUGCAUGCACAGAAAAGAAUUUAAAAAAAAGUUUGUUACUCCAUGAGUUGCUUUUGCUUGGGCAGGUCUGAUGCUGUCUAUUAGAAAUGUACUGUCAUGAGUCUGUGAGGCUGAGUUAAAGAGAAGUUCCUCUUUACACAUCCGUCUUAUCUUUCCCUAGGGCUUUUUUAAACACCUGUAAAUAGAAUUAAAAAAUAACCAUGUCUCUAGGUGAAUUUUACAAUGUGUGACGUGUACUUAGCCCUGCACAAAAACUCACUCAAUCUACAACAACAAAAAAUUCCCUUGUGUCUCAGAAUUGUUAAACAGAACGCUUUUCCAUUACUCAUGUAGCCAAUGUAAUCUUACAUUUGAGUACUAAUAAUAGAGAGAGGUUUAUUGAGCAUUUAUUUUCUUUGACAUUUAAGUUCAAGAAUGUCUUUGUCUUUAAAAAAAAAAAAAAAAAAAAAUUGUUCAAGAAUGAAGUAACCUAUUAGCUGUGAAUUCCCUCUAAUGCACCAUUGCUUCUGCUCAUUUGCAAGCACGUAAUGCAUAUAAAAUGGUUAAUAAAGCAGGGAUGAGUGAAUAAACCAAUACGAAUCUUUCUCUAGGUCACAAUACAUCCUGGUGGUCUUUUUGCUAUAUGUUGCUUGCAUGGGGCAAUGUGUUGAGGCUGUAAAGUUUUUGCUUAGGAGAAAAGCCGUUAGAAAAGGCUAUUUCAGAAGUUUUGAUAAAAAAAACAACUUCAUUUUAAAACAUUAAAAGUCACAUGAAUAAUUUAUAUGUUGUGAGGAAUUGCUAAAUUAUGUUUCUAGCAAAGAGGCAACAUUGUGCAGAAUGGAUAUAGCCAGAGACUAUUUAGCAGAGAAAGAGCACUUUGAUGAUUAGGAGAAAUUGAAAUGGCCAGCGGAUGUCGAAAAGGAAGUCCUGCCUCACUGGUAAAUGAGCCAAUCAGAUUUUAUAUAGAGAGAUCGCCUGUCAAUCAACUCGAGAAUGUUGAACUAGUUUGAAAAAUAGCGCUUUUUUUUUUUUUUUUUUUUUAGCGUAAUCCGAGCAGAACCACAAUUAAUGUGGUUUACUGAUGAUUUAAAAUAUGUUCGAUUUUCCUCAUUCAAGUAGAUUGGAGCUGUACUUUCAUGCCGCUUGUUUAAUAAUAAAAUAGCUGCCCAGCCGCUGAGUGGACUUACUUCCCUUGCAAAAGAGACUUUGAUCUAGCUCACCUGUGCAGGGAUGUCACACAUGAAGCGAAUCACUGUAGAGAAUACCGCAGUUGUCAUUUUUAUUUUUACCAUACAUUAUUAAACUGUCAAACUUUUUUAGUAUGUACUUAACAUUUAAAUUAAGUUCAGGUGUAAACUUUAUGCUAGGUAACAAUUCUAUUAGAUUGUGUCAUAUAGCAGAUAGUCGAAAGUCUAUUACACUAUUGUUUAGUGUCAGUGUAAUAAUGUUGUUUAACAGCUUUGAUCUUUGCUAUAUACAGUAUAUAUAUAUAUACACACACA